CGGAGCGGGGUCCGGCGGUGGGAGCGGGAGCGGCCCAGCGGGGCCCAGCGGGGCCGGGGCCCGGCGGGGGGGGGGCGGCGGCGGCGACAAGCGGCGGGGCCGGCGCCUCGUGGCGGCGAUGCCGAGCAAGAAGAAGAAAUACAACGCGCGCUUCCCGCCGGCGCGGAUCAAGAAGAUCAUGCAGACGGACGAGGAGAUCGGGAAGGUGGCGGCCGCCGUCCCCGUCAUCAUCUCGCGGGCGCUGGAGCUCUUCCUGGAGUCGCUGCUGCGCAAGGCGUGCCACGUCACCCAGUCCCGCAACGCCAAGACCAUGACCACCUCGCACCUGAAGCAGUGCAUCGAGCUGGAGCAGCAGUUCGACUUCCUCAAGGACCUGGUGGCCGCCGUGCCCGACAUGCAGGGCGAGGGCGACGAGCCCCACGGCGAGGGCGAGCGGGCGCCCCGCAGAGGCCGGCGCCCGGGUACGGGGCGGAAGAACGGGGGUCCCGGAGCCAAGGGCAAAGACCCCAAACAGUCGGGGACGGACUCGGAGCAGGAGGAGGACUCGGAGGACAGUGACAGCGACGCAGAGGAGGAGACCCCACAGCCCCCCCCCCGCACGGCCCCCCCUCAAUUUCGCCAGGCCCCCCCGGUCCCGGGGCUCCCGGGGGGGCUUCCAGGGGGGCUCCCACCGGCUCCAGGCCCCCCCCGCGCCCCGGAGGAGGAGGAGGAGGAUGAAGAUUACGACUCCUAGCGCCCCCCCCCCCGGAUUUGGGGCCGUUUUGGGGCCGGGGGGGGAAUCGCACCAGUUUGGCUUGGGGGGCGUGUACUGGGAGCACUGGGAGCCCCCCCCCCCCUCAAAGUGCAUGGGGGGGGGGGCGCCCCUGGCUUGGCCCCAAACCCCCGUGACCCUUCUUUUUUUUUGGGGGGGGGGGGGUUGGUUUUGGGGGCCGGUGGCGACUUUUAACGAUUCGGGGGGGUUUUUGUAUCGGCUCAAUAAACGUUCCCGUUUCC